UUCACCCUGGAUCUGGAGUCUGGAGGCAGCUCUGAGAUGGGGCCCCUGAAGGGAAGACUUGGGUCGUGUCUGCAUCCUUGCCAGGGAGUAGCCAAGACUGCGUAGGCGCCCACAGAGGGAGCAUGUGGUGACAUGGAUCCGGAAAUCAGCUGCUCUGAAUUUUGUGACAGUUUUCCCGGCCAGGAGCUGGAUCGGAGACCCCUUCAUGAUCUUUGCAAGACAACCAUUACUGAUUCGCAGCCCAGCAGCGCAGACGUCUCUCCCCUGUCUCCCGCCCUCUUGGGUAUUGUUUGGACUUUCCUCAGCUGUGGACUGCUUCUGGUGCUCUUCUUUCUCGCUUUCACAAUUCGCUGCAGGAGGAACAGGAUUGUGAAGAUGUCCAGCCCCAAUCUGAACAUUGUGACCUUACUGGGCAGUUGUCUGACUUACAGUAGUGCUUACCUUUUUGGGAUUCAAGAUACUUUUGUGGGGAAUUCAGUGGAAGCACUCAUUCAGACGAGACUGUCCAUGCUGUGCAUUGGGACGUCCCUCGUGUUUGGCCCUAUUCUGGGCAAGAGCUGGCGACUCUACAAGGUGUUUACCCAGAGGGUCCCGGACAAGAGAGUGAUUAUCAAAGACCUGCAGUUGCUGGGCUUGGUAGCAGCCCUGGUGGUGGCUGAUGCAAUCCUGCUUGUGACCUGGGUGCUGACUGAUCCCAUCCGGUGCCUCCAGAUCCUUGGUGUCAGCAUGAAGGUGACAGGGAGAGAUGUGUCCUGCUCUUUGACCAACACACACUUCUGUGCUUCACAGUACUCCGAUGUCUGGAUUGCUCUGAUUCUGGGAUGUAAGGGGCUGCUGCUGCUGUAUGGCGCUUACCUGGCUGGCCUGACCAACCAUGUCAGCUCUCCUCCAGUGAACCAGUCCUUGACCAUCAUGGUCGGAGUCAACCUCCUGUUACUCACCGCCGGGCUCGUUUUCGUGCUCACCAGAUACUUGCACUCCUGGCCCAAUCUAGUCUUUGGAUUCACAUCUGGAGGGAUCUUCGUUUGCACAACCACCGUGAACUGCUGCGUGUUCCUCCCCCAGCUGAAGCAAUGGAAGGCUUUUGAAGGGGAAAACCAAACAAUCAGAAGAAUGGCCAAAUAUUUCAGCACCCCUAGCAAAAGCUUCCACAGCCAGGUUGAUGAGGACCAGAACUGCCACUUGAGGGACGAGAAGAGCUGCAUGGAGAGGCUCCUUACAGAAAAAAACGCAGUGAUUGAAAGCCUGCAAGAACAAGUCAACAACGCCAAGGAGAAGCUAGUGAAGCUGAUGUCUUCCGAGUGCACCUAUGACUCCCCAGAGUGGGCUGUCCCAGCUGCAGCCUCUGCCCAGGGACUGGCUGAUCAGGGACCUUCAGAACACCCUGCUGCCUCUGAGAAUGCUAUUAGCCCAGCAGCCGCUGAGGACUCCCUACCCGCCUCAGUGGCCUCCCAGCACAAGCAGAGCCCUGGGGCAUCUAGAAGGGACACCAGUCCCUCCCCAGACCAAAAGGACAACGUGACUUUGAAACAGUUUUGUGAUCAUGCGGACAUGGGUUGCAGCCGGAAGCCACAGGCUGAACAAUGUGAGGAUCCAGAAAGAGGAGACCAGGGACCCAUGGCCCCCAGGCAGAGCCUCAUGGCAGAUGGAGUGGGCUGUGAAUCCCAUAGGCCCAAGCAGCGGAACUCAGAGGAACUCCCAGAGAGGCUACCUCGGGUCAGUUCAGUGGUCAGGGAGAAGCUUCAGGAAGUCCUCCAAGAGCUGGACCUGGGCGCCGAGGUUCCCCUUACGCCACUACCUUGUUCCCAGCAGCUUUGGAAGAGCACCACUUCCCGCAGCCCCCGGAAGCUGUCCCCAUCUAAACUGGGUUUCAGCCCAUACGUGGUGAGGAGGCGACGGGCCGCCCAGCGGGCUCGCUCCCACUUCCCUGGCUCCGUGGCCCUCAAUACGGGGCAUCAGGCAAAUAGGACGGCUGUCUCUGAUGCACAAAGUGGGCUGGUUGUGCAGAGCCGGGACAGCCCCACGCUGGACCACCAAAAUGCAAGGUCCAAGAUACCAAGGUCCUCUUCCGUAAAACCGUCACCGCUCCCAGAUCCUCAUCGGAGACGGAGUGCCCUGGCGGGUAGCAAACGAUGCCAGUCUGAGCCUCAGGGGGCCGAUAAAGGCGAUGUAAACAUUCCUGGCCAACCUUCUGCUUCUGCUCCGGCACAAAGUCUCGCUGCUGCCCCAUGCCUACCCUCUUCCCCAGGUCUGCCCAGGCAGCGUCAGCCUCGACCCCUUGUGUCCCCUGGCUGUCCUUCCUCUUCUUCUGGCUGCUACAACCUUGACAGUGAGUCCAGCAGCUCAGAUGAGUUUUUCUGCCGCUGCCACCGGCCCUACUGUGAAAUCUGCUUCCAGAGCUCUUUGGACUCCAGUGACAGUGAUACAUCAGACAGCGACCUUGAGCAAGCUCCGGGACUAGCCUCCUGGGAAAAGUUGUGGGCCCGCUCCAAGCCUGUGGUGAACUUCAAAGAUGACUUGAAGCCCACCCUAGUGUGAGAAACCGCGAGGUGGGGCUGGCCACAGAGCUCAGUCUGGGUCCGGCAGAAACAGGGAUCAUGGGAAGAGAGCCAGAGCUCCGUCUUUGAGGACCAGAUCAGCACCACGCCUUGACCAGCCUCGACUCUGUUUCUGCUGUUUCAUUCUUCCGUUGAGGACUUCUUGGUCUUUGAACGGAAGGGCAUUGCCCAUCCGGCUACUACCUCAGCAUUACUGUGAGGAGCUCUGGUGAGGGACCGAGGUGCUAAAUGAGCAGACAGAGUUGUCCAUUCAGCUCCGCCUGUAUUCUGUGAAAGUCUGAAUGUAUACCAAGUGGCUGGGUAGCUGGAUGGACAGAAAGAUGGGGAGGUGGGUGGGAGAAUUCUGCAGAACCACUGUGACUCAUCAAACUAGCCUUUCAGUGAACAGGCCUGCCAGGUAGAUAAGUCUACACCUUUAUCCCGCCAACUCAUAGGAAGGGUGACUUGCUUUCUGCUGAAGGCGGUAAGCGGCACUCUUCCGGGGUCCCAGCUUCCGGUUCAAGUCAGUCCAGCACUUCCUACUCCAUUUCUUCUUGUCCACCCGCCAUCAUGGUACCCGCUCACUAUGAUCCCCAACACAGUUUCCUACCAUGUGCUCACAGGCUUCUCGGGUUGCUUUCCUGGGUUCAGUAGUCCCUGGACCCUGUCCCCUGCUCUCUGCCAGUAACACAGUGUUCUACUUGAGCACAUUACAGUCUGGCUUGGGAGACUUACUGGUCAAGAAGUACCUUUAGUACAAAUGAGGUUACAUGACCACCAAAGAUACAUAAACCUAGAAACAAAAUGGAGAAAUAGAAAAGAAGAAAUGAAGGACCCACACCUUUAAUCCCAGCACUCAGGAGGCAGAGGCAGGAGGAUCUCUGUGAGUUUGAGGCCAACCUGGUCUGCAGAAUGAGUUCUGAGACAACCAGGGCUGUGUAGAGAGACCCUGCCUAAAAAAAAAAUAAAAUAAAAUAAAAAAGGAAGAAAGAAAAGAAGGCAACAGGUUGUGAAAAUUUCACCUGAGUGUGGCUUGGUACUUGCAAUACCAAAUUUUAGUAGUUCCUAAUGGUAAUCCUUUAAAAUAGACGCUCUUAUUUCUGCAGCUAGGGACCAUUGGGCUUGGAGAAAUCAACACUAUCAUGCUGGAAAGUGACUAGUGGAGAAUUUGCACACAGUGCUGAUGGCUGAUGGGUUUCCCCAGGGACGCAUGUCUCUAUUCCUUCUUCUGGAAGUGGCAGGCAAGAUUUAGGAGAAAGCUGAACAAGGCAGAGUGAGUUUCCAAGAUGUGCUCACCCUGCAGUCUCAGAGGACAAAACCAGGUUCUUCACUCCCUCUUCCCACUUCUGGGGCACAGCUGCAGUUCCAGAUCCAUGGAGCUGGUAAAGAGUGAGUUCCAGGAACCCACCUGCCACUGAUGCUUCAGGAAAGGCAAGUGGGUCCACUUCGAUGGUUGCUUAACCCGUCAGCUACAGCCUGUGCUGCCGUACUGCGUCUGCGCCUGCGUCUGCAUGUGUGUGUGGGUUGUAUGAAGGAGCUGGGGUUUGGUGGGGCGGCAUUGGACACUAAACAUCUCACAGAUGUAUCUCGGACUCUCAGGGCCUGCCGACACCUCAUGAGCCCCCGGGUGCUUAGCCACGGAGGCCCUGCUGGCAGGACCACAUCUUCCGCUGUCUACUGUUCAGUACCGAUUCCAUAAUUUAUUCUGUGUAGAGGGUUGAAGUUUCCGUGUGUGUUGUUUGUAUGACGACCAA